GCCAGAUACCAGGAAAAUGUAAAGUAACGCCGAGUGCGAAAGUCAGGGAAUUUUUACCGCGUUGGAAGAUAAAAGUGAAAAUUCAGUAGUAUUACGCUUACAAGCGGAUUAAUUUAUUAUUUAGUGGCUACUUGAACUAGCGGGGCAAGUGGAAGCGAGCAACCAUGUCGCAUCACUACGUGGUUACAGCGCAAAAGCCGACAGCAGUCGUUGCAUGUUUGACCGGCAAUUUUACCUCGCCCACGGACCUCAAUCUGGUCAUUGCCCGCAACAACCAGGUCGAAAUCGACUUGGUCACUCCGGAGGGACUACGUCCCCUCAAGGAGAUAAACAUAAAUGGCACUAUAGCCGUUAUGCGCCACUUCCGGCCGCCCGAUAGUAACAAGGACCUGCUCUUCAUCCUGACGCGCCGGUACAAUGUUAUGAUCCUGGAGGCCCGUAUGGUUAAUGAUGUAAUUACCGUUGUGACGAAAGCGAAUGGAAACGUCUCCGAUUCUGUGGGAAUUCCAUCUGAAGGAGGUGUUAUUGCUGCCAUAGACCCGAAGGCCAGGGUAAUCGGAAUGUGCCUAUAUCAGGGCCUGUUCACCAUUAUACCGAUGGACAAAGAGGCUAGCGAGCUAAAGGCCACCAACUUGCGAAUGGACGAACUGAACGUUUAUGAUGUGGAGUUUCUUCACGGCUGUUUGAAUCCUACGGUCAUUGUGAUUCACAAGGACAACGACGGCCGGCAUGUGAAGUCGCACGAGAUCAACUUACGGGAGAAGGAAUUCAUGAAGAUUGCCUGGAAACAGGACAACGUGGAGACGGAGGCAACCAUGCUCAUCACAGUACCGUCACCCAUCGGUGGAGUUAUUGUCAUUGGGAGGGAAUCAAUUGUUUACCACGAUGGUAGCAACUACCACGCUGUUGCGCCACUGACCUUCCGACAGAGCACCAUCAACUGCUAUGCUAGGGUAGACAGCAAGGGAUUGCGGUACCUUUUGGGAAACAUGGAUGGCCAACUUUACAUGCUCUUCUUAGGAACUUCUGAAACGUCCAAGGGCAUUACUGUCAAGGAUAUAAAAGUGGAGCAACUGGGCGAGAUCUCCAUACCGGAGUGCAUUACUUAUCUGGAUAAUGGAUUUUUGUAUAUUGGUGCUCGUCAUGGCGAUUCGCAGCUGGUGCGUCUGAGUUCCGAUGCUAUCGAUGGCUCCUAUGUCAUACCGGUGGAAAACUUCACCAAUCUGGCGCCGAUUCUGGAUAUUGCAGUGGUGGAUCUGGAUCGUCAGGGUCAAGGCCAGAUCAUAACAUGCUCAGGAAGCUUUAAAGACGGUUCCCUCCGAAUCAUCCGUAUUGGCAUUGGCAUCCAGGAGCACGCUUGCAUCGAUUUGCCAGGAAUUAAAGGCAUGUGGUCUUUGAAAGUGGGCAUCGAUGACAGUCCUUACGAAAACACGCUGGUGUUGGCCUUUGUCGGACAUACAAGAAUUCUCACACUGUCCGGGGAGGAGGUGGAGGAAACCGAAAUACCCGGAUUUGCCAGUGAUUUGCAAACGUUCCUUUGCGCCAACGUGGAACACGAUCAGAUAAUUCAAGUCACUUCAGAUAGUGUGCGUUUGGUGAGGAGUGCCACGAAAGAUCUGGCGGCCGAGUGGCGCCCUGAGGGAGAUCGAUCCAUCGGAGUCGUUUCGUGCAACAGCACCCAGAUAGUGGUGGCUUCAGCCAGAGAUAUAUUCUACAUUGUCAUUGAGGAUGGAAAGCUGGUGGAAAAGUCGCGCAAGACUCUGGCCUAUGAGGUUGCCUGCUUGGACAUCACACCGUUGGAUGAGUCGCAAAACAAGUCUGAUUUAGUGGCCGUGGGUUUGUGGACAGAUAUUUCGGCAGUGAUUUUGUCUCUACCCGAUCUGGAAACCAUUUAUACCGAAAAGCUAAGCGGAGAGAUCAUUCCCCGUUCCAUUUUGAUGACCACCUUUGAAGGCAUCCACUAUUUGCUGUGCGCCUUGGGUGACGGCUCCAUGUAUUAUUUCAUAAUGGACCAGACCACCGGCCAGCUGACGGACAAAAAGAAAGUGACGCUGGGCACGCAGCCGACCACGUUGCGCACUUUCCGCUCCUUUGCGACCACAAAUGUAUUUGCGUGCUCAGAUCGUCCGACGGUGAUCUACUCAUCGAACCACAAGCUGGUCUUUUCAAAUGUCAACCUGAAGGAGGUGAACCACAUGUGCUCCCUGAAUGCUCAAGCUUAUCCGGAUAGUUUGGCGCUGGCCACCAAAAACUCUGUUAUUUUGGGCACCAUUGAUGAGAUCCAAAAAUUACACAUUCGAACGGUCCCGUUGGGGGAGGGACCGCGGAGAAUCGCAUACCAGGAGGCGUCCCAAACUUUUGCAGUGUCCACAUUACGUAUCGACGUCCAUGGAAGGGGUGGCACGAAGCCAUUGAGAAACAGUGCCUCCACGCAGGCACAAAAUAUUACCUACAGCUCGAAUAUCUUACCAAAGCCUGGUACUGGAAAUUCAACAGCAACCAAUGCCGAAGUGGGUCAGGAAAUCGAUGUCCACAAUCUCUUGGUGAUCGAUCAAAAUACGUUUGAGGUUCUGCAUGCCCACCAAUUCGUAGCUCCAGAAACCAUUUCGUCCUUAAUGUCGGCUAAGCUGGGUGAUGAUCCGAAUACUUACUAUGUCGUGGCCACGUCGCUGGUGAUUCCCGAUGAACCGGAACCGAAGGUGGGCAGGAUUAUUAUUUUCCACUACCACGACAACAAGCUUACCCAGGUGGCUGAAACAAAAGUGGAUGGCACCUGCUACGCCUUGGUUGAGUUUAAUGGCAAAGUACUGGCGGGUAUUGGCAGUUUUGUGCGCUUAUACGAGUGGACCAACGAAAAGGAGCUGCGCAUGGAGUGCAACAUCCAGAACAUGAUCGCUGCUCUAUUUUUAAAGGCCAAGGGAGAUUUCAUUUUGGUUGGAGACCUAAUGCGGUCCAUUACUCUGCUGCAACACAAGCAGAUGGAGGGCAUUUUCGUAGAAAUCGCCCGAGACUGUGAACCCAAAUGGAUGCGAGCCGUAGAGAUUCUGGACGAUGACACGUUCCUGGGAUCUGAGACGAAUGGUAAUCUAUUCGUUUGCCAAAAGGACAGUGCGGCCACAACUGACGAGGAGCGCCAAUUGUUGCCGGAGCUUGCUCGCUUCCAUCUGGGAGAUACGGUCAACGUUUUCCGCCACGGCUCUUUGGUGAUGCAGAAUGUGGGAGAACGCACCACGCCGAUCAAUGGAUGUGUACUUUAUGGAACCUGCAAUGGAGCUAUCGGUAUUGUAACUCAGAUACCUCAGGACUUCUACGACUUUCUGCACGGCCUGGAAGAGCGGCUGAAGAAAAUAAUUAAGUCGGUGGGAAAGAUCGAGCACACAUAUUAUCGUAAUUUCCAAAUUAACACCAAAGUUGAACCAAGCGAGGGAUUCAUCGAUGGGGAUUUAAUUGAGAGCUUCUUAGACUUGGGUCGGGAUAAGAUGCGCGACGCAGUGCAGGGACUGGAGCUAACAUUAAACGGGGAACGAAAGAGUGCUGAUGUGGAGGACGUCAUCAAGAUUGUUGAGGACCUUACGCGAAUGCAUUGAAGUGGUAUACCAUAUGUAUAUAUGAAUAUGAAGAGCAAAUGUCAUCAACCGAAUUUCUCUAUUGUACAUGAAACUUUGAUACCAUGUAUCCCGCUUAAUCCCAAAAGGACUGUCUCGGAGUCUGAUUCGUCUCUGGUUUCCCGUCUAUUUCGAGAUUCUCGGUGUGGUUUUCUCGCGAAAAAUAUUGACAAUGUAGAAAAUAAAAGAAUAAAUUGUUUUAGGCGGGCGUCGGCGCUCUUUAAAAGUUGCGCUUUAGUUACGCAUGUAAUAAAAAUCUUAAACAUUUUUAAUUCAUCGCAUUUGUUGGUGGCAUUUGUCUGGUAACCUAUUGAUGUGUGCUUACUUAAAUGCCGUUUAAAUUUUAGUUU